AAGACAAAGUACAGCAUUCGCGCUUUCUUCGUGCGCAGGCAGGGAGAAGGGCGGGCUCUGUGUUUUGUUACUGGUUUAAUUUCAGUUUUAACGGCAGGUUUACUAAAAAACAAAACGGCAACAGUCGUUAUAAUUUGAAAGAAAAUGCCCCGUGUUUACAUCGGCAGAUUGAGUUACCAUGUUCGGGAGAAGGAUAUCCAAAGGUUCUUCAGCGGCUACGGCAAGUUGCUGGAGAUCGACCUGAAAAAUGGGUAUGGUUUUGUGGAGUUUGAAGACACUCGUGAUGCUGACGAUGCCGUGUACGAGCUGAACGGCAAGGAGCUGUGUGGGGAGCGUGUGAUCGUGGAGCAUGCCCGCGGACCUCGCAGGGACCGAGAUGGAUACGGAGGCGGAGGAGGAGGAGGAGGUUAUGGUGGACGCAGUGGUGGUGGUGGCGGCGGCAGUGGAGGCGGCUACAGCAGAAGCCGUGUUGGCAGGGAUAAGUAUGGACCUCCUGUCCGCACAGAAUACCGUCUGGUUGUGGAGAACCUCUCCAGUCGCUGCAGCUGGCAAGACCUCAAGGAUUUUAUGCGGCAGGCUGGGGAGGUCACGUAUGCUGACGCUCACAAGGAGCGCACCAAUGAAGGGGUGAUUGAAUUCCGCUCCCACUCGGACAUGAAGAGGGCGAUGGAGAAGCUGGACGGCACCGACAUCAACGGUCGGAAGAUCCGUCUGGUGGAGGACAAGCCGCGCCGUCGACGCUCCUACUCUGGAAGCCGCUCCAGGUCCCGCAGCAGGCGCCGUUCGCGUAGCAGGAGCCGCAGGAGCAGCCGAUCCCGCAGCAACUCAAGGUCACGUUCCCGAUCCCGCUCAAGAAGCAAACGCCGUUCUAGGUCAGGGAACAGAAAAUCUCGUUCUAGGUCAGCCAGGAAGUCCCGUUCUAAAUCCCCUGCCAGGAGGUCGCGGUCUACAUCCCGCACCAGGAAGUCUCGUUCGAGGUCCCGCACCAGGAAGUCCCAUUCCCGCUCUCCCAGCAGGAAGUCCAGGUCGAGAUCAAACAGGAAGUCCCGCUCCAAGAGUGUGUCAAAGCCCAAGUCAGACCGGGACUCCCGCAGCCCCUCUAAAGAGAAGUCUGAGGUCAAGAAGUCCCGCAGCCGAUCUUGCUCCCCUAUGGAGAAUGGGAAAGGGGACCAGCCCAAAUCUGCCUCCCCUUCCACCUCCCCCAAGCCAGACGAGCGUCGCUCUAAAUCUCCCUCGUCCAAACGAUCAGCAUCCCGAUCCCCUUCACGCUCAAAAUCCCGUUCCCGGUCUGGCUCCAGGGAUUAGCAGCUAGCGGGAUUGUCUGUGCCUGUGUUUCUCUCGCUCUGGGGGGGUUUAUUCCAGUAAUUGGGGAAUGAUAUUUUUUUUUUUUUGUUACCUGUUUACACUGAUCUGCAGAUUUAAGUGCUCAAGGUUUGGUUAAGUUGUAUGGCUUCCUGGCACUUGGCUUGAAGGCUACUGUUUUAUUUACAUAUGAUUACUUAAAUAAGAUUUAUGAAUUGUAUGUGACCUGACAAACCAAUUGUGGGUUACUUGGGCUGCAAAGAAGUGCAUACCUAAUGGACUUAAGUUCUGGUUUUCUUUUGACCUUUUGUUUGACCUGAGCAACAUUACCAGGUGGAUAGUACCACUAGCAGAUUUGGGCUUUGUAUAUGUGCUGAUGCUCUCCUGGAAUUAAAGCAGUAGUAUGACCUUUAACCCUGACAUUUACUGAAGUGUAUGCAAACAAUAUAUAUAUUUUUUCUUUUUUUUUGUAUCUGUUGCCAACUUUAGUUAAAUAGCCACCAUUUAUUGCCCAUCCUAAAUAGUUAUGUGUUUGUUGCACCAGUUUGUUUCCUUGUGGCAUGAGACCAGCAAUAACAGCUAUUGAUCACUGAUUCAGGACUUCCCUGCCAUGUGUGUUUUCUUUUAUUGCCAAAGUGUAAACCCUGAAACAAGCAUGUUCACUUUUUACUGUACAGUUGUAUUAAAGGUUCUUAAGAAAAAUAAAAUCCAUUCUAUGUC